AGUGACGUAGUAUAGACUCCGCCCAUAACGCAACGCAACCGGGGGAACCUCCGAGAGAAGAAGCCAAACAAUGGGCCACUGAAUUAUCCCGAGAAAAUACAGUCAGCCUUUACAUCGGAGGAGCUUCAGCUCCGCGGGGAUUGUUAGAUCAGGUUUACAGCUUUCCAAACGCUGAAGUGCGGAAGGAUCGGCUGCAGUUUGGAGGAGUUAUCCGGCUGGGUUUGCUGUAUUAUUAAUGCCUGAGUGUGCCGAUGAUAAAGCAGGACGCAGGCAGAUAAACAGGCGGCUCACUGUUUCUCACUUUUCUGCCAUCUGGAUCACCAGACGACACAUCUGAGGACCUUUCACCGUCGACUGGUUUGAUAACGUCUGUCGUUUAACCUACUGGAGCCGUUACUGUGGCUGUCUAGUACUUUGAAAGCGUUGUGAGAAGCACUGGACUGGACUACAGUGGACUGGACUGGAUUAGAGACUAGACUGGACUGGACUGAAGUGGAGCAGAGCAGAGAAGGACUCAGUGACCGUGUGCACUGGUGAUCUGCAGGUGUUGUGAAUAAUUGAGUUGUAAGAUGAGCUCAGAGGAGGCCACAGCUCCAGCCAAAACAGCCAACGAUGACGAUGGCAUGUCGUGGUGGUACCGGUGGAUCUGCAAAAUUGCUGCUGUCCUGGGUGGCAUCUCUUGUGCAGUGAUGGGGGUUUGGAACUGUGUGACGGUGCACCCCUUAAACAUCGCUGCAGGAGUCUGGAUGGUGUUGACGGCAUGUGUGCUGUUCAUCUGCGAGGUGCCGUUCUGCUGUCAGUUCGUGGAGUUUGCGAACGCGGUGGCGGACCGGGCGGACCGCAUGCGGCCCUGGCAGAAAGCGCUGCUCUACUGCGGGAUGGCCCUCUUCCCCGUCUUUCUGAGUCUGACCCUGACCACUCUGUUUGGGAACGCCAUUGCCUUCGCCACCGGAGUGCUCUACGGACUCGCAUCCCUCGGCAAAAAGGGCGAUGCGGUCAGCUAUGCCCGGCUGCAGCACCAGAAACAGGCUGACGAAGAGAAACUGGCCGGUACGACAGACGGCGCGGCCCCGUGACCCCGCCUCCUCCUCCUCCGUUAUCCCUCGUUCUUCUACCUCUCCCACCCCUCUCUCCGUCUCCCUGAGACUCCUGCUCUUCUGCGUUCAGUGAUUUUGUGAUUUUAUUUAUGUGGAAUUUUCUUUUUUUUUCUUUUGAAACAUCAGGGUUGAGCUCUCGAGUUGUUUUGUUGUUGUUUUGGAAGGUGGCUCUGGUUUGAUGGGCUGUAAGUUCUCUUCCUUAUUUAUCCGUAACUUAUGAAGCAGACACUAAAUCAAGAGUAACCUCACGCUCCCAUGUCCAAACAGAAGAGCAGAAUGCAUGUCACUGACGUAUCGGUCAUCUCCUGUCCAUCUGUCACUACACCUUUACUCACCGAGGGUACUGGGAAUGUCAGCCAAUGAGACUUUUCUACCAAACGCCGUCAAAUCCGUGAUAUUAGAGCUAGAAUAAUGUUAGUUUUCCUCCAGUGGAAGUGCAUGUGUGGUUGGUGUGGUCAUUUAAAGAGGGCUUUAGCUGCGUAACUAACCCUACUGGACGACUUUCGUGUGUGCGUACGAGUGUGUGCUCACUGAUCUGCCUUUACACACGUUUCCUGCUGCAAACGUCGCUCGUGAUUAAAGAGAAGAAUGUACGCUUCACUAUGCUGCUCUAACUCCACGACACCCACCUUCUCUCUUUAUGACUUCUCACAAAAGAGAGCGUAGCUAAGACUGGAGAUUGAGUGUAUUCGAGUCCAGUCUGGCUCCAAAGUGCACACGGCUGAGGAGAAACAUGGUCUUAUGGGGGAACUCCACCGCUUUUUCAAAAUUCCUGCAUAAUUAAGUGGUUGGGAUGUAAACAGUGAUUCAGAGUGGUUUGGUGUGAAAUGGUUCAGA